AGUAAAAAUUUUGUAAUCCAAAUUCAGUUGUUUUGUUCUUAAAUAUUCAUGGAAAACUUGCAAGUUUUUAAAAUUUUUUGAUAAGAUAUGAAAUGCUAAUCUUCAGAAGUACAAAGUUGUCAGCAAAGUUCUCUUGUUACAAAUUUUUGGUUUAUAAACUCAACUGACGAUUGAGUAAUGGCAACAGUGAAAUGAAAAUAAAUAAAUAGAGAGAGGUAGAUAUGGCGGCUGUAAGACUUCAGCUGGCUUCUCUAACUAGUUUAGGAGGAACACCUAAAGAUCAAGCUGAUCGGUAUAGAGCCGUUCUAGAUAAUAUUACCAAGAGUAGUGGUGAUGAUCUUAUUGAAGGUUUAAAAGCUUUUGUAGAAGCUAUUGUCAAUGAAAAUGUCAGCUUAGUUAUAUCACGCCAGCUGUUGACUGAAGUUGGAAAUAAUCUUACAAAAUUAUCUGAUGGCGUUUCAAAACUGGUUUCUCACUAUACCUUAGAUAAAGUUCAGCCUCGAGUUGUAUCUUUUGAAGAACAAGUUGCUAGCAUUCGUCAACACCUGGCUGAAAUUUAUGAAAAAGAGCAAAGCUGGAGAGAAGCGGCAAAUGUUUUAGUUGGAAUUCCUCUGGAAACUGGACAAAAGCAAUAUUCUGUUGAUUAUAAACUUGAUACUUACUUGAAAAUUGCACGUUUAUAUUUGGAAGACGAUGAUCCAGUUCAAGCAGAGGCAUUUAUCAAUAGGGCGUCUUUAUUGCAAGCAGAAUCUAAAGAUGAGCAAUUACAGAUAUACUACAAAGUGUGCUAUGCAAGAGUUCUGGACUAUAGACGGAAAUUUAUUGAGGCAGCUCAACGAUAUAAUGAAUUAUCAUAUAGGAAUAUAAUUCAUGAAGAGGAACGCAUGAGAGCAUUGAAAAAUGCUCUGAUUUGCACUAUCCUUGCUUCUGCUGGUCAACAAAGAUCGAGAAUGCUGGCAACACUGUUUAAAGAUGAGAGGUGUCAGCAGUUACCAACUUAUGGAAUCCUAGAGAAAAUGUACUUAGAUCGUAUAAUUCGACGAAGUGAGCUACAAGAAUUCUCUGUUAUGCUUCAACUUCAUCAGAAAGCCACUACCCCUGAUGGAUCAACAAUUCUAGACAGAGCUGUAAUAGAGCACAAUCUAUUAUCUGCAAGUAAAUUAUACAACAAUAUAACGUUUGAAGAGCUUGGAGCACUCCUUGAGAUACCACCUACUAAGGCUGAAAAAAUAGCUUCUCAAAUGAUCACUGAAGGAAGAAUGAAUGGAUUUAUUGAUCAGAUUGAUUCUAUUGUCAACUUCGAAAAUAAAGAAGUUCUUCCCUCCUGGGAUAAGCAGAUAGAGAGCUUAUGUUUUCAAGUGAAUAAUAUCAUUGAGAAGGUAACGCUGCAUGCACCAGAAUGGAUGGCUCAAGCCAUGGAAGAGCAAAUGGUGCACUGAUAAUGCCAAAGUAUCUUUGUUCGAAUUUUGUAUAUACUGUGUCACACAUUUAUGUUCUAGUUUUUCCUAUAAAUAAAUAUUAAUCAUAUA